CACCCCGGAAGCGGAAUUACGCUCACGCAACUGCGCUGCAGAGGUCAAAACUCGUCAUAUUUACACGAAGUGUAUCAAUGUUCGGAUGUUGUGAAGAAAAAGGAUUCCAAAUUUCACGGUUUGAAGAGAUUAUACGACAACAAAAACUACUUUCAGAGGAGCUUGUUGAAUAAUGGUACCGAUAGAUAGUAGCCAGCUGGUUCCAUUAAACGAUACUUGUACCGCUGAUCUCCCGAAGAUCCUAUGCAUCAUCUAUGACAUCACCAACCCUCAAUGGCAGACGUGCAAGUUCACCGUCACGCUACCAACGUCGACGACCGCCGCGGAGCUCUGCGAGGAGGUGGCCCGUCAGGCCAACUAUGAACCAGACACGUUUGAGCUGUACUGGCAGAGAGGAGGAAAAGAUGGCAAUGAUGAUGUUCUAAUGAGCGACAAGGGUCAAAGUUCGCUGGGCGAGCUCGGCCUGCCGACAACGGGAAGGAAUCUAUUCAACCUGCAAGACAAAGAUGGCACCCAGCCAGUCCCUAUACAGGCUGGGGCAAGUGGAACCACGACAUCUCCUAGCGACAUCGAUGCCUUGAACCUAGCGACAGAUGAUACAAGUCCGAUCAUCACAGCGACUUCUGAUACGAGCUCGCUCUCAUCAGAUUACUCCUCGUAUGUCCCUUACUCCUCUGCGGUCAUUGGACGAUCGGAAACCGGUUUUGUUGGUCUUGUCAACCAGGCUAUGACGUGCUAUCUGAACAGUCUGAUGCAGACUCUCUACAUGACCCCAGAGUUCCGGAACGCCGUCUACAAAUGGGAGUACACCGACACACAAGAGGAACGGUCUAAGAGCAUCCCGUAUCAGCUCCAGCGCCUCUUCAUCCAGCUUCAGACGAGCAAGAAAAGGUCGAUAGAGACGACAGACGUCACACGCAGCUUUGGGUGGGACAGCAGUGAAGCUUGGCAGCAGCAUGAUGUGCAGGAGCUGUGUAGGGUCAUGUUUGAUGCUCUGGAAAAGAAAUGGAAGAACACGGAUCAGAGUGAUCUAAUAAACCAGCUAUACCAGGGACAGAUGAAGGAUUAUGUCAAGUGUUUAAAGUGCGGGUAUGAAAGUGCAAGAUCCGAUGCAUUCCUGGACAUCCCGCUGGUGAUCAGACCGUUUGGUGCAAACAAGGUCUACAGCAGUGUUGAUGAAGCAUUGCAAGCCUUUGUGGAGCCCGAGACUUUGGACGAGAGCAACCAGUAUUUCUGUGAAAAGUGCAACAUGAAAUGCGACGCUCACAAGGGACUCAAGUUUCAACGCUUUCCUUACCUCCUCACCCUACAACUCAAACGAUUCGACUUUGAUUAUAGCACAAUGCAUCGCAUCAAACUCAACGACAAAAUGACGUUUCCUGAGAUCCUUGACUUGAAUGCAUUUGUGGUAAAUGAGGCCGACUCACAAGGGGAACCCCCUACACAGACGACGACGGUUCAAGCAUACGUGGAAGGGGAGACACAAUCCGACAGCGGAGCGGAGAACGAGGACGGGAGCCCCAGCAGUCAGAGCCAAGAGAAUUCCCUAGAGGACGCCCUCGACGAGGGGAUCGUCAUGGAACAGACGUCGACGGCAAUGACCAAUCACAGGAACGAACAAGAGAGACAGACGAGGGGGCCCUUCAUGUACGAGCUCUUCUCCAUCAUGGUGCAUUCUGGGACGGCAUCUGGGGGACAUUAUUACGCCUAUAUCAAAUCCUUUACUGAUGGUCAGUGGUACUGUUUCAACGACCAGCACGUAACACGGAUCACCUACGACGAUAUCCGUAAGACCUACGGCGGAGAGCCGACGCACUACCGGGGCUACUACUCCAGUUCUUACACCAGCUCAACCAACGCGUACAUGUUGAUGUACAGGCAGAUUGACCCCCUUCGCAAUGCUAGUUUCCUGAAUGCGGAGAACUUCCCGAGUCACAUAUCACACCUCUCCACGGGACUCUACCAGGAAGAAGAAGAGGAGAAGAGACAGAGAGAGAUAGAGAGAAACACAUGCAAGAUCAAGCUAUUUGGAGUUCAUCCAGUGACGGGGAAAAGCAUUGAGACAAGACUAGAGGUGCAUAAGGAUAGGACUUUAACGGAGGCUACACAAAGUGGCCAUGAGUUACUUGGAUAUGAUGGUGUGAUACCCGUUGAGCAGUGCCGUAUGGUCAAGUAUGACGAGUUUCACGAGUCGCUGGAGAGGUCAUACGAGGGGGAAGAGGACACGCCCAUGGGUCAACUCCUCGGAGGGGUCAAGGGGUCGUACAUGUUUGACCUUCUGAUGGAGACAAGGACAGCGGAGCACCAAUUCCAGAGCUAUAAACCAGGAGGUGUGACGAUCAAAUUAUUUGUUGUCGACCUGAGGCAAGAUGAAAUCCGCAAUCCCAUCACGACGAGAGCGUACCAUCAAACGACAAUCGCAGAUCUUAAACAACAGAUUGAAGGGUUAACCGGUCUAUCAUCCAGUAAGAUGCGCCUGGUAUUAGAGAAAUACUACAACGAGCUUCGUCUUCUCACCGUCCCUAGCAAGAAUCUGAAAUCAGAGGGAUUCAGUAAAUGCAAUAAGGUGUUUGUUGAAGCAAGUGGUCUGGAAGAUGUGGAUAUUGAAUUUCCAAGUUCCCAGCUCUACACCCUACUCGAUAGAUAUGCCAACACAAUCCGUCUUCUUGUAUCACUACCACCACCGCUAGGAGAAGAGGAAGACAGUUCCAAAGAUGAAGUGUCAGAGACGAGUUCAUCAAUAGACUCGGUGGCGGAGAAAUUCUCCGACCUUCAAGUGGAGACUGGAGGCCUCUCUCCCAACAAAAUCCCAACGCCGAGCCCAACAGGAAGUUCCUCAACGCUGAGCGACGAUCACCCGCUGGAGAAGAACGGUGUGAAUUUAGUGGGUAGUGAAACGGACAGUGGAGUUGUGUCACUGAACGAAGCUCGUCUUACAGAUGAACAACCAGGAGAGGAUGAUAAUGUAUUAGGAGAUGAACUCCGUGGGGAACCCGAUGGCGGGUGUGAUAGUCUAAAAGAGAAGCAAAGCAUUGUGGACCCUUUGAAUGCUCAAGAAUUAACUGAUGCGUUAAAUGCAGCAAGGCCAGUUGCGAGCGAUUUAAUGCCUACACAUCCGCCCAAGGAUGCAAGUCACAGAGACAAAGGGGAAAGCGCCCCCAGAGUCCCUUCUUUAUCUAGCCAGAGACAAAUCGCCAAGAGCCACUUGACGUUGCCGGUGGCGUCGCAAUCGCAGGCUGCGGCUUCCUGCACAGAAUGCGGGAAGCUGCAGGUGCCCGACGCGGGCAGCCUUCGUCCCCGGGCCAUGAGCCCGCUUCCGGGACCUCUCAACCCUCAAAUCAUGGACGCUAUUCAUAGGCGGAGGGACGCGGUGGAUCAGUCGUGUGAUAGGGGUGCAGACGGGAUGGAGCCGGGCUUUAUUGGUCCUAGUGGACCCCCUCUAGGGUAUGCUGAACCCCCUAAUGUAGACUCAGAUCAGGAACUCAGUGAUGCGGUUAGAACGCAAAGGAAGAAGAAGAAUUGGUACUUCAAGCCUUUAGAACUCUCAGAUACGGAGGAAGGCAGAGUGUUAGUGGUAAACCUUGACAGGCGGAUGUCCUUAGGAUUCUUCAAAACGUGCGUUGAAACACACGUAGGAACAACAGCACUCAAUUUCAAGGUCUACAGAGUGUAUGCCAACAAUCAAGAGUUUGAGAGUAUCCGAUUGAACGAGACAUUGCAAUCGUACAGCGACGAUAGUCGGAUAGUUAUCAAACUGGGUAGAGCUCUGCGGAAGGGAGAGUAUCGGGUCAAUAUCCAUCAAUUACAAGUUAACUCAAAUGAGCCAAUCAGGUAUCUCUUUGAUUGGGUGUUUGCCAAAGGUAUGACUGUCUUACAGUCAAAGAAAGAACUCCUUCCAGAACUCAAGAAGAAAUGUGGAAUAGACGUCCCUCUAGACAGGUUACGUUUACGGAAGAAGUCCUGGAAGAACCCUGCCACUAUAUUCCUCAACGAUCGUAUCUACGAAGAAGACAUCCCAAUCUUCACCAACUGGGAAGUCUUUGUGGAGCUCCUAGAUAGACCGGAGCAGGUGCAGUCGUCAUCUCAACUGGCAUUGUAUGUCAGGCGAUGGCGCCCUUCAGAGAUGAAGCUAGAUCCCUUUGAGGAAGUGAUUCUUGACGAUACCAAUGUCACGGACCUCAAGGCAGCACUGGCAGACAUUAGUGGAAUCCCCGUGGAGAGCAUCGAGUUUGCCAAGGGUCGGGGGACGUUCCCCUGCGAGAUCUCCCUCCUAGAGAUGAAUACAGACUUGGAAUGGGAGCCUAGGGUCACUGCACUUAAUACGUGGCCUCUCUACAUCACAGAUGAUGGGACCGUCAUUUACUACAGAGACAAUCGGGAGGAGCUGAAAGAGCUACAAGAAGAUGAGAAAAGAGAGAUACAGAAGAAAGAAAAUGCAAGGUUAUCCAAGACUGGUCAGAAGGUGACCUAUUCGCCUCGGAAGGAGAGAGCGCUGAAGAUCUACACGGAUAGCCCUCCCCCAUACAGUGCAAUCAACUAACACCACAGUCUUACACCAUAGGUAACACAGUAUUUUAACACUGAUUAGCAAGGAGAGAGCGCUGAAGAUCUACACCGAUAGCCCUCCCCAUACAGUGCAAUCAACUAAAACCACAGUCUUACAAACACCAUAUGUAACACCUAAUAUUUUAACACUGAUUUGCAAGAUCAUGCCAGAUGGUGAUGAAGCAUGAUAAUAUUGUACUUUAGCGCCAUAAUUAACACGAAUUAAGGAGUAAGAUUAUACCAGGGAGUGAUGAAACCAGGUUUAGUCCUUAAAUGUUAUGCCACAGAGAGUACCUGAUGAAGUGAUAAUUUAUAGAACGACAUCUCUUUUUGAUUACCCUAAAACAAUUCGUUCAAAACACUGUAAAAGAAGAAUACCCACAAGCAAAAUGUGGGCAGGGUCAUUGUCGUCAUGAUAAUUUUAUUUUAUUUGUCAAAUUUCUGUGUGAGCUCUAUAUAUCGCAAUGACGGAUGACACGUUGGGUUCGGGGAAUGCAUGUGCUCAGCCGCGCGACCCGCUGAGCAUCUCUAGUUAAGAUUGUACCAGGUACAUUUAGCAUUGACACCUGUAUACACAUGUAUGUUAUGCCAUAGAAAGUACCUGAUACUGUGGUAAUUUCUAGUAUGACAUCUCUGAAUUUUCCCCAAACCUGAAGUUCAAAACACUACGAAAGAAGAGUGCAUUGAUUUAUACACCAUGUUAGCGAGAUAAAAACCAGGGUUGGUAUUCUGAAAACAUUCUUACAUGUAUCUUACUGAGAUAGGAAGACGCUAAAAACAUUGCACAUCGAUAUUCUGAAAAUCUUCUUAACACAUUUUUAUCUCUAUUAGGACUGCCCUUUUCUCAUCUUCAACACGCCCAUUUUUUAGAUAUUACCAACCAAAAUACACUUAAUCUGGGCAGUUUAACUAAUAAAAAAAGUGUUCCUGAUUUCGAGAGAGUAGUGUGCCCACUGCGUGUAUACUAAUUACUGGGGUGAUUACAUGCACAAAAUUUUAAAUACCACAUGUUCUUAUCUUUGAGCUUGUGUUGGUAUUAUAUGCGCAAGUUAUAAAUUUACACACCCACCAUAUGUGUAGGUUGUAAAGGCGGAAAGAUAGCAAAAGAUCGGAAAAAGAAAAAGAAAAGCGUUUUCAGAAUACCGCUCGCUACAGGUAGCAAUGGAACCCGCAAAUGAUAUGCCAUGGACAGUGACUGAUAAUUUCUAGUGUGACAUCUUCAAGAUACAGUAGAAAUACAUUAAGGCCUGGUCCCACUGGCUAUGGACACAGAAUGUACCCAUAACAGAUACAGCGCACAAGCAAGAUUUCGGGGCGGCUCCAUCCGUUUUCAUCCGCUCCAGACAAUGGACGAAAUGGGCGAACAAUGAAAUCACUGUGGACGGAUGCUCGAUGGAUAUAGAGCGUAUGAAAUACAUGAAUGUAUGCAAAGAGUACACAAACGGAUACAUAACGUUUUCCAACAGAUGGCGAGAUUCUUUUCCGUUUUACAUCCUCUCUGCAUCUGUAAGUGCCAUGGGACCAAGCCAUUAAAUAUUUGAUUGAAAGCAUUGCAAACUAAGAUGGAAAUUAGACCAACCCCGGCCCCCAAUGACUUUGGGGCUUAUUAUGAAACCAACAGUAAGAGUAAACAAUGACAUCACUGGCCUGCCAUAGCUUAGUCCAAUUUUACUGUACAUGUAGCUAUUGAAGGUUUCCAUGGCGAAGAAAAGUUGCAACCAUUCUUUGUAAUCGAUACAAAUAAGUUUCUUGCACUUACAGCGAAAUUUGAUUUGUAUCAUGUUGUGCCAGACUUCAAAUACCAACUAUUGGUUGUUUAGUCUGAUACAUGUUUACAUGUAAAUGCUUGUUUUCAUUUUCCUAAAACAAACUUGUCUUAAUCAAUCGAACAUAUAUACUGAGCUGCUAACUAGUACUGAUUCUCAGUAUUUAGUACUGGAAAAUUAGAAUACUGAUGGUUUCAUGCAAAAUACUGAUUCCUAAAUUUUUGGUUUAAAGAUAAAUACCAGUUGCAGUAAUAAUCUCAAAAUGAGUUCAAAUAGAAUCCAUUAAAAUUACCACCAAAGUGUUUGUAUGGAUAAAUACAAAAAAUACAUGUACAUGUAUGUGCCAAAUAGCUCUAGAAGGAAAUGUGUAAUUGCUGAGAAAUGAGCAACAUAAGCACAGAAUUCCAUCAAAUGUCAGGUAUUUUUCCAAGCGAUUUUAAUACACUGUCCCACAUAUGCCAUUCUGUGUUAUUGGUCAUCAGAAUUAUCGUUUUUUUUUUGGCUAAGAUUUCAUGAUUUCACAUGAAAUCAGCUAAGUUUACAUUCAUAUACAUAUACCAGAUGUAGAUCAAUGAUAAUAUUGUGACCAUUAACCUUUAUUUAAAAGAAUUUGUCAUGAAAUACAUGUAAAAAUGAUGUAAUCAUUUGCUGCAACUACUUUCUUUUAAUCGCUAGAGGGUAUUCAUUUGUCUCGCAAUCUACUAUGGUCAACAAGGAAAUUUGUGAUCACUCUCGCAAAAAGUGUUCACUAGCUUACAAGUUCACGAGCUUUCGAGUGCCGCUGCAACUCUUUAUCAAGUUUUCUUUUACCUUCAAUGUUUUAAUACUGAUUUUCAGAUUUUAAAAUACUGAAAUGUCCUUCUUCGGGUUGGCAGCUCUGUGUAUACAGUCAAAAUGAGUAACUUGUUGAACAAAGACUUCAAUUACCAACUAUUGCUUGUCCAAUCUGAUAACAUUUUUUUUUGCCCUUUGUUUUAAUUUUCUCUUACCAAAUGAUUCAGUCGGAUAAAUUAAACAUAUAUACAUGUAGAGGCAUAAUUGGUAACUUGUAAGCAAGAAUUCAAUUGGUAAAUAUUGGUUGUUCGGUCUGAUAGAUGUUUACAUGCAUUUUGUUUCCAUUCUGCUAUUGAAAUCAAACUUUGUAUCUCAAUCAGUCAAACAUAUAUACAUGCACUAUUGGUCACCUGUUGAGCCAGACUUCAAUUGUUAAAUAUUGUUCAUCAGAUCAAUUCAUGUUUGUAUACCCUUGUUUUAACUUUCACUUGGCAAACUCAUUCCGAUCAAGCAAACAGAAAUACUUGUUGAACAAGUACUCAAUUGCUAAAUAUUGAUUGUUCAGAUCAAUACAUGCUUGUAUACCCUUCUUUUAAUUUUCCCCAAGCAAACUCAGUCUAAUCAAUGAAAAUUAAUAUAGGCAGGUGUUUUUUGCCUCAGGAUAUUGAUAUGAUAUUGCAUGGCUCAGAAGGAGAUAUCAGAAAUAUUUCAAUAGUUAGGCCAAUAUUGCACAAAUCAAAGAUGAGUGCAAAAUUGAAUAUGUCUUGUAUUCCAUGAAGCAAAUCCACUAUCUACCCCCCCCCCCCCCCAGAAUUAAGGUAGUUGAGCAAAUCAUGUCACCUUGUUAAAUGUUGAAAGGUCUGGCUUGCAUAGUGUUAUUUUCCAUAUGCUUAUUGCCCUUUGUCAUUUUGCUUUUUACAUAUUUAUUCCAUUAGAUUUAUUCCAUUAUUCAGCUGAAAAUGUGUUGCCAAGAUUUUUUUUUUUUUUAAUCUCAUUUUUAAAAUUUGCUAUGUUCAGUUCAUAUUUUUCACUGUCUCGGUUCCUAUUUCAGUCUUCACAAACCACUUUUGGUUCUAAUAUGUUCCAAUAUUUUGUUUGAUCCAUUACCAUUACAAUUAUGUGUGUAUCAUUCAUUAUACUUCAUUCCAUUUACAAUCAAAAGCAGCUUAAUCAAGACGCGCAUCUUAUUUCCCCUGGUGUUAUAAGCUACUGUAAUCCAUGCAUCUGAUUGGUGUAGAGGAACUUACUCGGUGAAAAUCUUUGACAAAACUCUCCAUGAAAUCUUCCCCUGACCUUUGACUGUUGGACAUGAACAUAGGGUCAAAGGUCACGUCAUGACGUGAAUGUGAAAAAUCAAACAAAAGUCUGGAUGAAUCUAUUAGUUCUCUCAUCGUGAGUGAUUGAAUUAGAUACUGCUCCUCCAGGGUUCACAAAGUCAUGGAAAAUCCUGGAAAAAUUUGUGGUCAUGGAAAGUCAGGAAAAGAUCAGGGAAUAAGAAAAA